AUGGAUGCCGGCGGCGGAGGGAGGGCUGCCGGAGUGACGGGAGGCGCGCUGGAGGAGGAAGAAGCUGCGAGUCGCAGGAGACCGCUAACGAGAAUCGUCAUCGAGGACUUUAGCGAGGGUGAAGGAGGGCGCCCGGAGGAGGCGAAGGAGGAAGAGGAGGAGGAGAGGAGUGGCGUCAGCGGUCAAGCGGCCGCCCGCGCUGGCGCUCGUGACGUGCUGCUCGGGGGCUCCGACCACAGCGGUGACCGCAGCGACGACGACAACGAUGACGACGAUCAUCGUAAAGGCGACUGCGACUCGGACGUCGAAUGUCUGAGCGCCGGCGUCGCUAUGGUGGCGCCACCCGGCGGCGGCGGUCAGGCGAUGACGGCACGGCGGGCGCACAGUCUGCAGGAGUCGCAUCUCGACUACGACGUCGCCACACCUGGCGACGGCGACGACGAACGCGACGCCGGCGCCUCCACGUCAAAGUGA